ACGCUCAGGGUGCUGCAGUGAAGCAAGAGCUCUGUCUUCCCCGAACCCAUCUGCGCAGAGCACCAUGAGCCACAGCAGGCCAUCAUUCUGGUACACUGGCUGCUCACGGUGUGGGGAUGCAUGAACCACAUGUUUCCAGCCUCCUACGCCUGGGGAAAUUUCAGUGUCCUUGCAGUGGGGAUCUGGGCCAUUGUGCAGCGAGACUCCCUUGAUGCCAUCUUGAUGUUCCUGACUGGCCUGCUGCUCACAGUCCUCACAGACAUCAUUCACGUCUCUGUCUUCUACCCUCCAAACAGCUAUCUCACUGAUGCAAAGCGAUUCAGUAUAGGCAUGGCCAUCUUCAGCCUCCUCCUCAAACCUCUGUCCUGCUACCUGGUGUAUCGAAUGUAUCGGGAGCGUGGAGGAGAGUACACCUUUAACUUAGAUAUGGAGUCCUCAUCUGACAUCCAUUUUGCCCACAAUGGCGUCACCUGUGCAGGCCAGGAUCGCAGCACCUAUGAGCCAAUUGAUCAGCAGGAUGCCCCUCCACAGUGGGCUGACUCAAGCAAGAUAGCCCAGCAUCCGUACUGAGCCCUGCUCCACAACUGAGAACAGACGCUCCCUCACCCAGUCUAGCCUUCUGCUCUUCCCAUGUUUGCUCUGAAGAAGCAAGACUUGCUACUGAGCAAACAGCAGAGGACCUGAGUUUUCAUUUCUUUUGCCUCUCUGAAGGUUAGGCAGAUGGGUUGCUGCAGUAAGUCCAGAAGACACUCAGAGGUGUCAUGUUAAACACUGUGACUCUUUGUAAUCCCACUACUCUCCUUUCCUCCCUUCCCCUAAAUCCCGCCUCUGUAUGUAUGAGUGGAUGCACCUUCUGCAGCCUUUCAAGUCUUGUAUUGUGCAUCCUCUCUAUUGUAAGUAAUGGAACCACUCAAAAUAUUCUUGGACAAGUUAUCUUUAAAAGGCUUAUAUUUUUAAGAGCCUUAAAACAAUACCAUUCAGCUUGGUUUUAUGCAGAUAGUUCCCAGGAAACAUCUGGGAGUUCCUGAGGGCUGGUUUUGACGGCAUUAAGAUUUAUGACCAUAACUCCCUGUGCUAGCUGUGGUGGUUUGUACAAAGCUGGGGUUGGUAUAAAAUGCUUAUAAAAAGCUGCUUGUGCUCCCAGCGUCUAAUGUUGGGUUUUAUUCACUGAUGCUUUUAUGCAAUUUGAAUGUUCUUCAGGAUACUUAAAAUGGCUCUUGAAUGUAGGUUAUAGAUACUCUGUGCCUUGAAAUGUCCUUUUGCCUUCAGCUGCCUAUCUUAACAGAAUUUGAAAUGUUACAUUUUUCUAAGAAAACUAUAAAAUGAA